AUGGACAGCUUUGAGCCAGAAAAGACACCAAGCUUACCCCCUGACGCUGUCGACCGUGUAAUCUUAGAGGCGAGGAAGGAGGGUGUGUUUGCUGGACUUACGUCCGGUCUGGCAUCAGCUUUAAUUGGAGCGCGACUAUUUGGUUUCAAGAGGAACACGACCCUUUUCGCCGGUGUUCUUAGUGGCGUUCUUUCUGGGUAUCUGUUCACCCAGGCCUUCAAAGACACAGCAAUGGCCCAAUUACGUGCAGAGAAAGCCCGACUAGAGGCUCAAGCACCCCUCGACGCCGAAGUUCAGCCGCAGUCGGAGAACCUCUCUCCUUAG